GAGGUGGAGGAGGUGGAGGAUAAGAAAAAGAAAAGAAAGAAAAUUUCGGAGACAAAAUGGACAUGAGCAGCGAGUCGAGUGCGGCUAGGUGGUACGAACCACCUCGGACGUCCCUGGAGCCGCCCUCGGCGGCGGCCGCCGGGGUGGCCGGAGUCGUGGGCAAUCCCACCGACUACAGGGGUUACUACCCCCAUGCCGGACCCACCGCCCACCACCCCGCCGCCGCGGCGGCGCACUACGCCCACACGAGAAUGUCGAGCAGCGGUGUGACGAGCGGUCCGGUGAGCCAAGUCUGUCGGCCGCACUUUCACAGUUCUGUACUCCAUCCCUGGCUAUCCGGGAGCGGGGCAGACACGUCCAAAACACCAUGGGGUUUUCCAACGACAACGGCAUCGACCGGUGGAACGGUGAGCGACGACAAGCCGCAGAGUCCACUGGGUUCCUCUCUACCACCCACCACGGGGAGUUUGUCGAGUCACGGGGCAGGCGGUGGAGCGCAUCAUCUUUUCUCGUUUCCCCCAACGCCACCAAAGGACGCUACGCCGGACAGUAUAACGGCGAGUACGACUUCUAGCUCGAACAACAACACGACGAACAACAGCGGGAGCGGGAGCAACGGCAAUAACAACGGAAGCGCAGCGAACUCUUUGUCCGGACUAGGAGGCGGUGGUAGCAGCGAGUACCAAGCAGCCGUGGCCCACGCAGCGGUGAUGGGCGCGUUUAUGCAUCAUCAAGACGCGUUGGGAGCCAGCGGUGCGGGUAGUUGCGACGUGAAACCUACGGUGAUGCUCGGACAUCAUCACGGGGCACCUUCGCCGCCUCAUCAGCAGCACGGUGGAAACGCGGGGAACAACGGAGCUAGCAGCAACAACUCGGCGGCCAGCUCGGGACAGGUGAAACAACGCGAAGGUAAUAACCAAUCGGGGAGCAGCCAGCAAGCGAACGGUGGUCAACAGCAGCAACAGCAGGCGCAGCAGCAGCAGCAGGACGCGUAUCAGAGCAACACCGGGGGCAGCUCGCCCUGCGGCAGGGACAGCUAUGCCGCCGCCGCUGCGGCCGCUGCGGCAGCCGCGGUCGCCGCAGCCGCCGUCUCCAACAGUCACCACGUGGCAGCAGCCUCGGCCUCGGCUCAGUAUGACCCGGCGACGAGCGCCUACAACAUGUAUCAACAUUUGCAGUACCCCAAUGCUGCCCACCACCAUCACCAUCAUCAUCAUCAUCAUUUGAGUGGUGGUGGGGGUGCUGGGGGAGGCGGCGGCUCCGGCGGCACGGCCACGUCCUCCUCCUCGUCGUCCUCCGCGUCGUCCCACAAUCCGCACAACAACAACAACAACAACAACAAUAACAACAACAACAACAACAACAACAACAACAACGGCAACUCAGGCACGACGGUCGGCGCUCUUUUCGCCGCGGCGGCGCAUCACGGCGCCGGUAACGCCAAUUCCGGUGUCCCCGGCGUCGUGAGCCCUGCCGAUUCCAAGCUCCUUUCGGCUCACGCGAGCAACGCGCACGCCAACAAUCCGGGCUCGCCCGGCGCGCAUCAGCAUCAUCAGCAAAAGCCCAGGAACAAGUCGAGGACGUCCGCCGAGGGUCGUGAGUGCGUUAAUUGCGGUGCGACUUCGACGCCUCUGUGGAGACGAGACGGUACCGGACAUUACCUCUGCAAUGCUUGUGGACUUUACUACAAGAUGAACGGCCAGAAUCGACCGCUCAUCAAACCCAAACGCCGCCUUUCGCUGCAGAGUGCGGCGAGACGGGCGGGCACCAGCUGCGCGAACUGCAAAACCGCAACUACGACGCUUUGGCGAAGGAAUCAAGCCGGUGAGCCAGUUUGCAACGCUUGCGGUCUCUACUACAAGCUUCACAAUGUGAAUCGGCCAUUGACAAUGAAGAAGGAAGGAAUACAAACGAGAAAUCGAAAACUGUCGUCAAAGAGUAAGAAGAAGAAGGCAGGUGGAUGUCUCGGUCUUGGUGGUGUUAUGGGUGAUAUGAUCAAGGCCAGCGGACAUCUCGACCUUGACAACAAACCUUUCCAUUCAGGAUUUGGAUCACCGAUGGGUACGUCGCAGCAUCAUCACACGAUGCAUCCGGCGAUGCAACAUUACAUGUACCACACGGGCGUCGGCGUGGCCGGAGGUCUUCAUCAAGGAUUUGCGCCACCGGCGCCGCCCCCCAUCCACCCCCACUCGCACUCGCAUUCCCAUUCUCAUCACAUGACGAGUCUUCAGGGUCUUCAGUUGGCCGCCACGACGAACGCGAUGACCGGUUGGCGAUCGGAGUAUACAUGAAUCGCGAGUGAUUAGCAGCUCAGGACGCAACCCACCACCACCACCACCACCACCACCACCACCACCACCACCACCACCACCACUACCACCAACACCGCCACAACCACUCUCGUUGUUGAAACAUAAAUUCCUUCCUCCCUUAUCCCUUUUCUUCUUUUCUUUCUGUCAUACGCAAUUUAUAUAUCUCUAUCUCUCUUUCUCUCUCUUUCUUUCUCUCUGUCUCUUUCUCUCUUUCUUUCUCUCUCUCUCUCUCUCUCUCUCUCUCUCUCUCUCUCUUUCUGUCUUUCUCCUCGAGCCUUUUUCCUUUUAUCCUUCGUCCGAUCGAAGAGAGUAAAUGGACGGUAAAAAGGCAAGAAAAUAGUUGGACAUCCCUUUGGCUCGGCUUUUCUCUGGGAUCUGUCGUUUUCCUUGUGAUCGAUCGUAUGAAAAAAAAAAAAAGAAAAAAAGAAAAAAAGAAAAAAAAAGGAGCGCGCCAGAAAAUCCGCUGGUAAAAAGAUUGAACGAAAGAAAGAAAGAAAGAAAGAAAGAAAGAAAGAACGAAUGAAAGAAAGAUAGAAGAGAAAAAUAAAGGAAAAAGAGAAAAUGAAAAAGGUAACGCUUUGUAAAUAUGUAAAAUUUUCAUGUUAGGGCCUACGAGCCCCGGCCCCAAGUACAAACGAAGUCAGCUAUAUAUAUAAAUAUAUAUAUAUAUAUAUAUAUAUAUAUAUAUAUAUAUUACUAUAAUCGAGUCGUAUAUGUAUGAUAAUAACGAAACACACAAUAUCUAUUUCUGUAAAUAACGUUAUUAUAAAUAAUUGAGAAUUUCUAUUUGCGUGUGCGUGCGUGUAUGUGGAUUGUGUGUGUGUAUAUAUAUAUAUAUAUAUAUACACACAUAUAUAUACACAUAUAUAGAUAUAUACAUAUAUGUAUACACAUAUAUAUAUAUACAUAUAUACGAGAGGAAGUAAGUACGUCAAAGAGGAGAGAUGCGUUCUUCUUGUUUUCUUUUUUUUUCUUUUUCUAGGAGUUCCGAUGAUGAUGAUGAUGAUUAUUAUUAUUAUUAUUAUUAUUAUUAUUAUUAUUAUUAUUAUUAUUAUUAUUAUUAUUAUUUUAUUAUAAUUAUUAUCAUAAUUAUUAUUAUUACUAGGAUUUAAAGGGGGAGUGCUUGCGAUUCGAGGAGAACAGGUAUAGUCCUCGUUCGAUUUUUUUUCGAUAAGAUCGAACGAUAUCGUGCAAUUUACACACAAGAACGAAAAAAAAAAAGAGACAUUUUAUUAAUGAUUACAUAAAUAAACGGACGGAGAGAUCGGACGAUUGGUUUUCAAUGAACGACGGGAAAUCGACGACGUGUCCGUACUACGUGAUUUUAUUUGUUCUUCCUUUCUUUUUUUUUUUUUUUUUUAAUUUUUCUUAUCUUGUUUUUGUCUUUUCUUCUUUAUUUAUCUUGUUAUUUCUUCUACGAGUUUCUCAAUGAAUCUAGGACGAAUGUUGUCGCAUAUAUUUAUUAUCUCACGAGAGGUAAAAAAGAAAAUACAAACAAACAAACAAAUAAACAAGGAUAAAUGAAUUUGUUGAUAUCGCUAUAUGUUAUUUAUUAAUAACACAUGGAUUCUCUCGAGUACGGCUACGCGUUGACGAUCGUCGAUAAAAUUUCAGGAAACAAAUUAAAGAGAA